AUGGUUUGUAUUUUAGAUCCGGCUCACUUGGAGCUUAAUGAUGCUUUAAUACCAUUACAAAACAAGAACCUUAAAGAUGUCCCUACACGUAUUGAUAGGCAUAAAGAAGACAAAGCUUUGGGAAAACAAAAGGUUGCGAGAGGUGAAAGAGGUUUAGAGGAUCACGAACCCAUAUGUUAA